CCGCUCCCUGCGCCGCGGCCGCAGCCGCUCCUCCCGCAACCACAGUCUCAUGUCCGGAGAUGUGGUGUUGGAAGUUGACGAAUCGGACAACGAAGAGCAGAUAUUUGAAAACAUCCGACUGCACAAGGAAGUUAUUGGCGAAAUCAAGCACCAGCCAUGGCCAAUGCAAAGGAAACUGAAUCUGGUGAUUCAGGCCAAGAUCUACGUGGCGAAGCACGAGGGCGAGCUGGCUGAGCGACUGGCGCAGAGUCGCUCGGCGCGAGACAUCAUGGCGCGCUACUCGCUCGUCUUCCUGCGCUACUGGCAGCUGUUCCAGCGUGAGUUCGCCAACUGGAUGACCUCAGCCGUGCCGUGGCAGAAGCAGAUCAAGCGGAUCGAGUCCCACUUCGGCACGGCCGUGGCCUCCUACUUCACCUUCCUUCGAUGGAUCCUGCUCAUGAACAUCGGCAUCAGUGUUCUUCUUGUCUGUUUCGUCAUCAUUCCAGAGGUGGGAUGGUGA